AUGGCAGUUGCACAGCUUUACUGGCAUUUGGCACCAAAAUCUGAAGCUGGUAUUGUUUCGAAGUCGUUGGUGCGUUUACUUCGUAGUAAUAGGGAGGUGCAGUAUAUUGUUCUACAAAAUAUUGCCACUAUGUCAAUUCAGAGAAAGGGCAUGUUUGAACCUUAUUUGAAGAGUUUCUAUGUUAGAUCAACUGAUCCAACAAUGAUCAAAACACUGAAGCUUGAAAUCUUGACAAAUUUAGCAAAUGAAGCCAACAUUUCAACUCUGCUUCGAGAAUUUCAGACUUAUGUGAGAAGCCAAGAUAAACAGUUUGCUGCAGCUACAAUUCAGGCUAUAGGCAGAUGCGCAACUAACAUCACCGAAGUGACUGACACAUGCCUUAAUGGCCUUGUAUGUUUGCUGUCCAACAGGGAUGAAAUUGUAGUUGCUGAAAGUGUCGUUGUCAUUAAGAAACUGCUGCAAACCCAGCCAGCACACCAUGGUGAAAUUAUUAAGCAUAUGGCCAAACUCUUGGAUAACAUUACAGUUCCAGUAGCCAGAGCCAGCAUUCUCUGGCUCAUCGGCGAGUACUGUGAGCGGGUUCCAAAGAUCGCACCUGAUGUUUUGAGAAAGACAGCCAAGAGCUUCACUAACGAAGAUGAUCUUGUAAAGUUGCAGAUCUUAAAUUUGGGUGCAAAACUCUAUUUAACAAACUCAAAGCAGACAAAAUUGCUUACCCAGUACGUAUUAAAUCUCGGCAAGUAUGAUCAAAGCUACGACAUCAGAGACCGUACAAGAUUUAUUAGGCAGCUUAUUGUUCCGAAUGAGAAGAGUGGAGCUUUAAGCAAAUAUGCCAAAAAAAUAUUUCUGGCACAGAAACCUGCCCCAUUGCUUGAGUCUCCUUUUAAAGAUCGGGAUCAUUUCCAGCUUGGCACCUUGUCUCACACACUGAACAGCCGAGCCACUGGCUACCUGGAGCUGUCUGAAUGGCCAGAGGUGGCACCUGACCCCUCUGUCCGAAACGUCGAUGUAGCUGAGUCGGCAAAGGAAUGGACUGGAAUUCUAGGUAAGCCAAAGAAAGAGAAACCUACUGAAAAGUUCUACUCUGAAUCAGAAGAGGAGGAAGAUGGGUCUGCCAAUACCAGUAUGUCAGAGAGUGAGUCUGGCAGUGAAAGUGAGAAGGAAGAUAAGGAGGAAGGCAGCAGUGAUGAGAGUAGUGGGAAUUCCUCUUCCAGAGAAGAAUUAAGUGACAGUGAAUCAGAUAGCAAAGAAAGUACUGCAAAGAAAACAUCUAGAGCUGCUGCUGAAAGUGAUUCAGAGGACAUUAAAAAGAAAGCAAAGGGGGUCUCCAAAAAGAGAAGCACAUCCAGUUCCUCUGAUACAGAGUCCACUUCAUCAGAAGAAAGUUCUUCCGACUCCAAGUCAGAAUCAGACUCUAGUAGUGACUCUGAGUCUGGAAAGUCUAGAAGUGCUACCUCUAGUAAGAAAGAAGAAAAACUAGUGCAAGAUAAAAAAGCUCCAAACAAACAAGAUGUGUUUCUCUUAGAUUUAGAUGAUCUCUGUCCUGUGACCACUCCUGUGGCAGUUCCUACAGCAGCUGUUUUGUCCCCAAGUUUAACAACAGACCUGAAGGGAUUAAGUCUGUCGAGUUCAUCACUCAUUGAUGUCACUACCCAAGUCUCUGUGCCAACAAAAACACAUGAACUGCUACAUCGAAUGAGUGGAAAAGGAUUAGCAGCUCAUUAUCGCUUCUCAAGACAGCCAGGCAUUUUUGGUGAUCGUAUGGUGUCUGUGCAAGUGACAGUAACAAAUACAACUGAUAAGAAGAUAGAGAAUAUUCACAUCGAGGAGAAGAAAUUGCCUCCAGGCAUGAGGAUGCAUGAGUUUAAUCCAAUAGAGUGCCUUGAGCCUGCAGGAUCCAUUACCGUUUCAAUGGGUAUUGACUUCUGUGAUUCUACUCAGAUGGCCAGUUUCCAGUUAUG